CGUCCAUUUGUAGAAUACAUACACAUGCAAAUUUUUACAUUCUAAACAUAACACCACAAACUUACUCUGAUCCUGAACGAGAAUCCACGGGAAUCUCAGCCAAAGAAAAUACACUCCUAUGAUCUCAGGACAUGAAAAAGGCAAAGAAGAAAACAGUCAAAUUGCGGCAACUUCCCGUCGACGAUUCUGACGAAAUCGUCGAUGAUUACUUGAAAUCACCGACGGAUGAAGAUGUGGGUAAGGACUUCGGUACCCUCAUAAACGCGCCGCUCUCGAAAGGUGGACACUUUGUCCUCAAGUCAGAGAAAACCUGGACCGUUGACUCGACGCAAUACUCGGAAUUCUUCACCCUGAAUCUAAAGACACUGUCAGCCGCGAUCGACUGCGUUCCGUUCAACGAGUACGCCAACGUGCCCGACAGGUACUUCGUAAGUGACCAAUUGACGAGUAUCUACAAUUAUGCCGAGAGGGGCAAAGCAGCUUAUAGUACAAUUUUGGAUGAUCUAAACACAUUGUUAGAUACCAGAAGUGGGACUAAUGAGGAUACAAGGAUCAAUCAAUCUGAAAAUAUGGAAUUGGCAAUAAACAUGAAGCUAGAAAAUAAUAUUGAUGAUUUAGAGAAAGACUUAGAUUUUUUGUUGUCUCUAAAGGAACCCGUUUUGAACACUGCGAUAGGAAUAUCUGUGCCUAUGUCGCUAUCUACGUCUCAUGUUAACACUGAUUCCAAAACGAAAUCGAAGAAUGUUCCAAAUAAGCCAAUUGACUUAGAGAAAUGGCUAGAUUCUGUAUUAGAUGAUUAAUUCCUUUUUUUCUACAUUAUUGUUACAUGUAUAUAUGUAUAAAUGAAAAUUUAUCAAGGCUGAGAGAAAAAAAAACAGGUUAUAUAAUAUGAAAAAAAAAAAA